UAUUAUAGAAGAAGAAGACAAUGCGGAAGUGAAACGGAUCAGCGGCUAAGAUUUUUUUCACUAGCCCUGUGGCGGCAGGGUCGUUACUAGUUAACACAGCCACAAAGUCAUAAACCCCGUCUAUUUCUAUAUUGUAUGUUAUUAUAAUGUGAUUUAAAACCUAACCACUUAUGCCUAAUCUUAAAUUAAGACCAAAAAUCUAUAUUUUGUUAUCAUAAAUGUUGACGAUAUAGCCAUCUGUACGAUAUGUUGACUUUGUGCUGUGGCAACUAGUAGAAACCAAGACUGUUCUCAGGUUGUGGUAUGUACCGUCGCGUCGUGGACAAUUGUAUCGUUUUAGCUAACCCUAACCUGCUACGAAAAGUCACUGGCAGACUUGCCCCGAUAACAGUCUUGGUUGCCACUAAUACAACAGCAGCGGGUUUAUUUUGUUUGUGGACACCAUUAUUUCCUCUUGAACGAAACCAUACUAGCCGAAUUACCCAACUCUCAUUCGACUGAAACAGGUCUCAUCUACAGUCGUUUCGUGUGUUUUUAAAUGAGCGUUUAUCGGCGGCUGCUGUGGAUAUUUUUGGGGCCGUUGAGAAAACGGUAGUGGAGUACCAGGAGGAGAAUGAUCGGCUACGGAGACUGCUGCGGAGGACACCAGAGAUACAACUAUGUAGAAUAGACUCCCUACAGCUCUCUGUCUCUGAAGAGGAGGUUCCCCCUGAGCAGCAGCACUGUGAGCAAGAGUGGAGCCCCAGUCUGGGGCAGAAGGACCCAGAGACCAAACAGAUUAAAGAGGAACAGGAGGAAGUCAGGACCAGUCAGGAGGAAGAGCAGCUUCAAGGUCUCUUUGAUACCAAAGACUCCAUAUUCACUCCUUUCUGUGUGAAAAGUGAAUGUGAUCAGGAGGACCCACUUUGGUCCUUGACUCUUCCUCAAACCCAGACUGUGGAGAACAGAGAGAGUGAGAGAGACUCUAAACCAGUGGAUCUCAAACCUUUUGAGCAGCGACCAUGUAGGACUUGACAGCAAUGGAUUUCAGCCCACCAUUGGAUCAACAGGUCCCCAACCCUACACCUGGCCCUUUUAUGGCAAGCCCUUCAAACAUCUGUCCACAAAGAGAGAAAAACUGAAAAUAGAAAUAACAUCUUCAUUCAGAAGAUGGGAAUAAAAAGGCAGGAUGUGAACAACACUCUUACGAAAGGAAAGCAACUCCAGACCAUUCAUACUGUGGGUCUCAGAUAAAUACAUAUACUGUACCAUGGACUUAAUGUUGUAAAACAGUGUAUGUAAAUAAAGUUUGAUUUGAUUUGAAUGACGAGGUAAUGAUCAAUGUAUGUUUAAUUUAUCCUUUCAUUAGAAACAGCAAUAUCUGGUAUUUGAUUUAGGUCAGGCUGAUGUAAUUAAUACAUGAAAUGAAAAACAAUUCCAGAAAAGGUAUCCUUGCAUUUAUCCAAGAGUAUUUCUCAUAAAUUCUGACCUAAUGCUGCUCAUUCAUCAUGUUGAUUUAGUCUUGUAUGGAGUAAUGAUAAACUGUUGCCUCCUGGGGAAGAAUAGAUUCUCCCAGAUCAUCCUAUACUUAUGAUAACCACUAUUUGUCUACAUGUAGUCGGCGUUCUACUUUACUACUGGUCUGUAGGCUGCCUUGCACAGUAAACUCCCAUCCAGCUGGCGGCGUUGUGUUUCUGGGUUCGUCACCAACUAGAACAAAGAACGUCCCAAGAUUCCUUGACUAGAACACGGAAGUAGGAUUGGAAACGAGUUAUUUUUUUUCUGUUCCUUGUGUUGAGUAAAGAAAAUACAUACGGACUCAACUCAAUAGGCUACCCAUCUCUAAUUUUACAGAAAAUGUCUAAACUACAGAUGUUGUGUGUGUUUUUAAAUGAGCGUUUAUCGGCGGCUGCUGUGGAUAUUUUUGGGGCAGUUGAGAAAACGGUAGUGGAGUACCAGGAGGAGAAUGAUCGGCUACGGAGACUGCUGCGGAGGACACCAGAGAUACAACUAUGUAGAAUAGACUCCCUGCAGCUCUCUGUCUCUGAAGAGGAGGUUCCCCCUGAGCAACAGCACUGUGAGCAGGAGUGGAGCCCCAGUCUGGGACAGGAGGACCCAGAGACCAAACAGAUUAAAGAGGAACAGGAGGAAGUCAGGACCAGUCAGGAGGAAGAGCAGCUUCAAGGGGUGGAGCCUGAUAUCAUAGAGUUCAAUUUCACUCCUUGUGUGAAAAGUGAACGUGAUCAGGAGGACCCACUUUGGUCCUUGACUCUUCCCCAAACCCAGACUGUGGAGAACAGAGAGAGUGACUCUAAACCAGUGGAUCUCAAAUCUUUUGUCCAUGUGACCCACUUAAAUGGUCUUGACCUUCCAGAUAAUGACAGCAAUACCUCAAACCACAGUACAGCCGUAAGCAGCGACACAGUGGGACUUGACAGCAGCCCACCAUUGGAUCCCAGUCCACCAUUGGAUCCCAGCCCACCAUUGGAGAAACACUAUUCUAAACUCAGCACCAUGUCUAGAAGAACUCACCACUGCCGUGACUGUGGUGCAAAGUUUCCUCUGAAAGCUGACCUGCAGAGACAUGUGACUUUCCCCAAGAAGAUACCCAGUGAAUGUAGAUUCUGCAGAAAACGCUACAACUCCACCUGUAAACUGAAGGCCCAUGUCCGACGCUGUCACAGUGGGAAACACUGCACAUGCCCUGUUUGUGGAAAGACCUUCAAAUACAAAGGCUAUCUUUCCAAGCACUUAAGGAUUCACACAGGAGAGAAACCAUUCAACUGUGGUGACUGUGGGAAAAGCUUCACUCAGAAGGGGAACCUAACCGAACAUGUACUGACUCACACAGGAGAGAAACCAUUUAGCUGUGGUGACUGUGGGAAAAGCUUCAGUCUCAAGAAGACACUAACAGAUCAUAUACGAACUCACACAGGAGAGAAACCAUUCAGCUGUGGUGACUGUGGGAAAAGCUUCAAUAAGAAGGGACACCUUUCCGUGCAUCAACUGACUCACACAGGUGAGAAACCUUUUAGCUGUGGUGACUGUGGGAAAAGCUUCAGUCAGAAGGGGAAUCUAAGCAUUCAUAAACUGACUCACAUAGGAGAGAAACCUUUUACCUGUGGUGACUGCGGGAAAAGCUUUGGGCUCAAGCGACACCUAACCAUGCAUAAACUGACUCACACAGGAGAGAAACCAUUUAGCUGUGGAGACUGUGGGAAAAGCUUUAAUCGCAAGGAGGUCUUAACUAUGCAUAUACGGACUCACACAGGAGAGAAACCAUUUAUCUGUGGUGACUGUGGGAGGAGCUUCAGGCAUAAAGGGUCCCUUAAGAUACAUAUAUUGUCUCACACAGGAGAGAAACCAUUUAGCUGUGGUGACUGUGGGAAAAGCUUCAAUCAAAGGGGUAACCUAAACAUGCAUAUACGGACUCACACCAGAGAUAAUUCAUUUUGCUGUGGAGAAUGUGGAAAAACCUUCAAUCAGAGGGGGAACUUAACCACGCAUAUACAAACUCACACCAGAGAUAAUUCAUUUCGAUGUGGUGACUGUGGGCAAAGCUUCAAUGAGAAGGGGCACCUAACUGAACAUAUACGGACUCACACAGGAGAGAAACCAUACAGGUGUGGUGACUGUGGGAAAAGCUUCAUUCAGAAGGCGGACCUAAGGAGGCAUAUACUGACUCACACAGGAGAGAAACCACAUGGCUGCUCCGUCUGUGGUAAAAGAUUCACUCAGAAGUCUCAUCUGCUGAGGCAUGUGGAUAAAAUCCACAAAGGAAGAAAACAGGACAGAAACUGAAAGAGGAAAGAACAUUAGGACAAAGAGAUUAUCUGUCAGGUUAGUGAAUAAAAAGGCAGGAUGUGGACAAAUCUCUUAGGAAGCAACAGUGAUAUGGCCCUCAUCAAAUAUGCAGACAACAUGGCUCUGGUUGCUUGCCUGGAGGUCAAGGCCAUCUCCAGCUACUCCCAGUUCAUUGACUGCCUCUUGACGUGGUUUGACAAUAUCUUAGGAGCUCAGUCUGGGUCUCAACUUACUAUUAAGACUCAGAAUAGUAGAAUACACCAGGUCCAAUUUAGACAUUUGGUUGUGCAUCAGCAGUUUGUUUGUCAUUGACAGUCACUCAAUUAUCGAUUUUAGAUUGGAAGUUAGCCAGCUAUCUAACCUUAGUAGUAAUCACUGCUGAAUACCGACCAGGCAGGGAAUGUGCCCAGGGGCCCAUAUUAACAUGGAAUAAGUCAUUACGGCAGGGGGGUAGCAGGUAGCCUUGGGCCAGUAACCGAAAGGUUGCUAGAUCGAAUCCCUGAGCUGACAUGGGAGUUAACCCACUGUUCCUAGGCCGUAAUUGCAAAUAAGAAUUUGUUCUUAACCGACUAACCUUUAAAUAAAUGUUAAAUGAAAAAUUACAAAAUUACAAAAUGUGUAGAAUUGCAGGAAAUGAAUUUUAAAACAUACAUUUCUCUUCACCAUCAGAGGGGUACUCAAAUGUUUCACCGCGAGGUGGGGGGCACCCCAACCAAAUCUCUCAGGACCCCAAAAGGUGGGAGCCGGCCUUGGAUUUACUUUUGUAAAACACAUUUAUUUGGUUUGAAUGAUGAUAAAACACUACAGAUUAAGAUUCCUUUAUUGUCCAAUUGUACAGUUCCAAAUUCAACUCCCGCUUCCAUGUCAACCCCUCCUAAAGAGACGCAUUAAGAAAGUAUUCAGACCCCUUAACUUUUUACUUAUCAAUCUCCCCUACACACGAUACCCCAUAAUGACAA